AUGCUCUCGCGGAUCACGAGAACAGAGGACCCUGCUGCUGCUGCUGCUGGAUGGGAAAUGAGUGUUCAGAGUUCUGGGCCCCUCUUCACUGCCCAUCUAAAGCUGUGCCACCAGACCACCAGGACCACCCGUCGAGGAGGACGGGAGGGACAG